AUGUCGGAUAACACCGCAAAUGCGACCAAGUUUGACCAGCCGCUAUCAAGUUUGCAUUGGCGCAAGUGCACCGUUGGUAUCGCCGUGAUGGAGACAGUGAUAGCCGACGUAGGCUGCCUCGAGCCGCUCGCACCUGCAGUGGUAACUCAAGGAGGCGAGGUCGUUGAGGCGACACCGACGUCGCCGCCAGUUGAGCCAGAAUUCCAGCAGCGGUUGAACCAAGAUGCGCAUCGGCGAUGGAGGGCCAACACCUCCGUCGAGUUUCUAAAUAAGGUCAGCAACAUCGACAUUCCGGACACGCGUACUGAGGACCGGACGGUGCUUUAUGUGCUGGAGAACGGCGCUUUACGGAGUUCGAGGGGCUACGUCAAGGCAUCCAAAGCGCCGUGA